GUCUCAGGCUCUAGUUGAUCAUUUUUGUCUUUGCUUAAUGGACUUUAGCUCCUUUGUACAUCUCUGGGACUGUGUGUGAGUACCAUGUGCCUUACUUUUACAAUAAAAUCAAGCUGCUUUCUUUGACUGUCCCUCCAGAUUUACAUACCAGAGCUGUUGUCAAGCACUAGUUGAAUCCAUGACAUAAGCAGAAAGGAGGAGUGAAACUAACUAAAGAGACCAAUCACAUGACUAAAGAGGUGUUGAACACCAGAGCAGGCAGGAGAGCGUUGUCACCGUUGUCAGCUUCAGUCUGUGGCUGGUGGCUUGCCAACACCUCUCAUUAUAUUUGAAACUGCACACCAGAUCCACCUUUGCUAACUCAGAAGGAGUAAUUAGCAAGUAAUCUCCACUUUAGGCACAGCAGGAGCGCUUGUUUUUGAUCAGCAUGAAGGAAAUACCUGCUGGGUGGGAGGGGUUAGUCAGGUAAACUGCCACAGUGUUAAAAGUGUGCAACCGAGGAGAAAUGUUUUUCUAUUCCCUGUAGCAGUUAGGAGACGGCUGGAGGACGAGGGACGCGUUCCAAUAUGGGCUCUGAAGAUGAAUUCUCUGGUGAGUGGACAGAUGGAUGUGUCAAAACCAGAGACAGUGAUUGGACAACUACAAAAGAGAGAACCAGUUUGGGAGAAUACAACCAACUGCCUCUGCAGGACAGUUUGGAGGCCUCAGCUGCGGACACCGCACAGCUCCGUCCUCUGAUGGAGACAAAGCUUUACAAGCGGCGAUGGGUCAUGCUCUUCAUCUUCAGCGCCUACUCCAUGAGCAACGCCUUCAUGUGGCUGCAGUACAGCAUCAUCAGCAACAUCUUCAUGCGCUUCUAUAACAUCGACAGCAUGGCCAUCGACUGGCUCUCCAUGAUCUACUUCCUCACCUACAUCCCCUUCAUCCUGCCCGUCAUCUGGCUGCUCGACAACCGGGGCAUGAGGGAUGUGGUUGUGGUCGGCUCGGCCUUCAACUGCAUCGGCGCUUGGAUCAAGACGAGCACAGCCCACCCGAGCAUGUUCGCCAUGACCUUCUUCGGACAGUUUGUGUGUUCAGUGUCAACCGUUUAUCUCCUGGGGAUCCCAUCCAAACUUGCUUCCCUGUGGUUUGGGCAGCAGGAGGUAUCUACCGCCUGUGCCAUUGGAGUUCUGGGGAGCCAGCUGGGUAUUGCCAUUGGGUUCUUGAUCCCACCUAUCCUUGUGCCUAAUGUGGACGACAUGGAUGAGUUAGCACAACACAUCAGAAUCAUGUUCUACAUCAGUGCAGGAGUGGCCACCGUCAUCUUCAUCCUUGUCAUCAUCGUGUUUCAGGAGCGACCAGAGAUCCCUCCCACUCAGGCCCAGGCUCAGGCCAGGAACAUCCCCCCUGAGGACUACUCGUACAUGGCUUCUAUCUUGAGACUGCUGACUAACAAACCGUUCAUGCUCCUGGUGGUCAGCUAUGGUCUGAACGUUGGCUGCUUCUAUGCUGUUUCAACACUGUUGAACCGGAUGAUCAUUGAACAGUAUCCUGGUGAAGAGGUGAAUGCUGGGAGAAUUGGUCUGACAAUAGUCAUUGCUGGCAUGGUAGGGUCGCUCAUAUGUGGACUUUGGCUGGACAAGACCAAAACCUACAAACAAACCACCUUGGGCAUUUAUCUCCUCUCUCUCAUUGGGAUGCUGGUCUACGCCGUCACCCUCAACCUGGGUCACCUGUGGUUGGUGUUCAUCAUGGCAGGACUUUUAGGCUUCUUCAUGACAGGAUAUCUCCCCCUGGGCUUUGAAUUUGCCGUAGAGCUCACCUAUCCAGAAUCAGAGGGAACCUCAUCGGGGCUGCUUAACUGUUCAGCUCAGAUCUUUGGAAUCAUUUUCACCAUCGCUCAGGGGAAGAUUAUUGAUAAAUGGGGUACUUUAGCUGGAAACAUCUUCCUGUGCAUCUUUCUGCUGAUAGGAUCAGUAAUGACAGGAUUCAUCAAAUCUGACCUCAGGCGACAGAAGGCCAACCUGCAGGCUGAGGUGCAGACAGCGAGUCCUACAGACUCUGUGUCGUCGGUACAGGACUAUGGCGCCACAACGUGCAGUGCCACCUGGCAACGGGAGUCUUGACAUAAACCCACAAGCUCACUAAAACCAAAACACACCUGGGAAGGUAGGGGAACAAACACUCUGCAGUAGUUAAACUAUAUACACACAUAUAAAGGACAAGGGCACAAUUUACAUUAACACACUUUUUUCUCAAAGUGCCACAGAACCUGUUGCCAUGGUUUUAAAUAGUUACAAAGCACAAUGGGUUUGAAUUUACAAAACAAAUAUUUAUUAAUUGACAGGCAUUAUGUUCAUUUCUACUAAAAAGAGUUCAAUUGUAUUUCAGUUCAUAACAAGGUUUUCAGUAAGAGCAUCACUUGCUUUUACUGUGGAAUAAAACAUGAUCCGUCGACAAGAAUCAAAAUUUGUUUCAGUCUAUUUCAUAACCAGGUAAAAUUCCUCACAGGAGCUUUCAAGAUAAAAUUAGUUUUAAAAAAAUGUUUCUAGCAGUUUCAAGUUAUUUUGUUUCAAAGCUUUUUUGCAUUGAUCAAAAAAACUUUUUUAACAGAUCAUUUGACAUUUGUGAUGAAUGACAGUAAGAACUGUGAAAGGGAAUAGGAUGUUAUUGAAUUUUGGUCCGCGUUAUUGUUUUGUUGUCUUUCUGAACUCUGUGAUAAAUUAACAUUUUUGUGUCCUUUUAUUAAAGAAAAUGUAUCCAUUUGUUGAACAGUAGGUUUUUAUAAUCUUUUUUUUUUUUGUCUUAUGUCCUUUACAGACAAAACCAGCUGAAGUAGAAGGAGGCGUCUCUGCACCUGUAACCCUGAAUGAGAGGAAGUUCUGAGGACACUACCUCACUCACAGAUAAAAAAAAAAAAAAUCCAAACACUGACACGUCAAUGAACAUACAUGUGCAAAUAGAAGCUGCUGUGAAGACUGAGCACAUGAGACUGAGUUCAUACUGAGCAGCGAUCUGUGAGGCUUUAAAUGUACUGUACAACUCGCCUCUCUGGCAUUAACACCAGAGAGACAGACUGAUAUCCCAAGUGCAAUUUAACUCAUCCCAAAGCAAGCACAAGUCAAUCAUGCAUAAGGGAAACACACUUGGAACUACACAAGUUCUAAAACAACAUAUUUCGUAAAUGUUUAUUUUAUUAUUUUAUUUAAUGUAGACAUUUGAUACGUUUUAGUGCUGUGCAGCUGUCUUCACACUGACUCCAAAUGACCACACUCAAUAACUGAAAUGGACUUUUCCCAAGAUUUUUCCAACCUACUCUGAUUACUGUUGAUAGAGUGUUCUUGAAAUGAAUUAGCAAUAUUUAAAUUCCUAUUAGUGGACCAAUAUUUUGUGUAACUGGCCUCUGUCGUUUCAUUGCUUGAAGGAGCAAGUCUAACGCAGACUGUCGAGUGUGACCGGUCAUGGUUUUCAUGAUCCGGAUCUCGUGGACGUUUUUACUCUGUGAACUGCUGAUUUUAAAUAUGAACGAUGAUAUGCAUCAGAUCACAAUUUUGAAGGUCGGUUAUGUCCUUGUAAGACUGUAAGGGAUCUUUAGUGGAUCAACACAAUGUCAGUGUCUGGAAUAUUAAGCAUAUCAGAACAACACAAACGUGAUUAAAGGAUCAGGCCAAGCAUGCUCUGAUCAUCAUUUUGCACAAUCAAAUGUUUUUGAUGCAUUAUCCUCUUUGAUGGUAAAGUUGUUACUGAGAAAUGUAGUUCAUGCUGUGUUCAAUGUUUUGCUUGAUGUGGCUAGUUCCUGUUUUAUUUUGAUUUAUGUGAUUUAAAGAGGUGCCAUAUUUUCCGUGGCAUCUUUAGAACAUUUUACUGUGCUGUUAAAAAGGUUUCUACACACUUAAGAGUUUAUAAAGAAGUUCACGCUGCAGUGAGAUUUCUUUUAGGCUGCAUAGAGAUGAAUGUUUUAUUUCUUCUUGAAUUUUACAGUGAAGAGAAAAUGAGUCAAGUAUUUAAAAAGACAACAUUAAAAACAGGAUUCUUCUGGAGUUUGUUUGCUCCAUAUUUUACUGGAUGGCCUAAAAUAUUUGAACUGUAUCUUUGGAUAAAAAGAGUGCCAAAAAUUUUUUAUUAAAAAAAUGUUUAAUAGCACAAUGUGCACUUCUUAACUGCUUUUGAAUCUAUCCUAAACCAAAUCCAGAGUUUUAAGACAGAAAUCAUGUAGUAAAACAUCUUACUUUAACCCAAAUAUGAGAACUGAGCAGCAUAGAAUAACAACCUUUUUUUCUAAUAUGGUGCAUAACACUCAUCUACACCAAUGAAAUAUAAAAUGUCUCACAACCUGUUUACAACGUUGAUAAAUACGUCAAAAAUCACAUCACUAAAUAAAACUUUUAUGGAACAAUAAUUGUGCGUCAUCUUAAAGGGUUUACAAACUUUUUACAGCACAGAUCAAACAUGAAAAGAAUUUGCUGAGAGAUGUGAGUCUUUGUAAUGAAGAGCAUAGUUUUAUACUGUAAAGUUGUCAGAGUUCUUAAGAAAAUCAUGAAUAAAAUUAAGUAUAUGAA